AUGACAGAAAGUAAACGAUGCGGAAACGUUUCGACAAGCACAACUAGCACACCCAGCACUACCAGUUCAGCAGACCAAGCAAACAGCACAGCUACUGGGUGCAGUAGCAGUGGUCAUGAUGGAUCUGCUUAUAACCUUGGGCUUCAUAUUGAUGCUUCCGAACGCAUUUGCAAAUUUGACAAAUCCAUGCUUGCCAUCGAAUACUAUUCCAUAAAAUUACAAACCACAAAACAUGAGCUGCCUACAGAUUCGACACAAAACAAUGAUGCUUCUGAGGCUAAAAUGAUAAUCGGGAUAGCUCUGGCAGUUUCAACCGGCUCUACUUUUACAUCAUUGCUGAUAGCCUUGACAUUUCACCAGUUGUUCGAAGGCCUAGGACUUGGUUCGCGUAUAGCCGAACUAGGAUACAAAGAAGGAAGCAUUAAGCCUUGGCUAAUGUCACUGGCUUAUGGAACAACCACUCCGUUAGGUAUCGCAAUUGGUAUAGGAGUUCGCCAGACGUACAGUGAAGGCUCAGCAACUGCGCUUAUUACGGAAGGAGUUCUCGAUUCCGUAUCAGCUGGUAUUCUAUUAUAUGCCGCAUUGGUGGAAUUAAUUGCAAAUGAUUUUAUAUAUGACGUCAAGUUUCGUAAGAAAAGCGACUAUACGCAACUUUCAGCCUUCCUCUGCCUCAUAACAGGGGCCGGUAUUAUGGGUUUGAUUGGAUAUUGGGCAUAA